AUGAAAAAACUAUUUGUAUCUAAUUGACCGGUCAAUGAAUUGCAAUAAAUUUUGAAAAAGUUAAUUUAUAUUCAAAAGACUAAUUACCUAAUUGUAAACUUUGAAUCAGAUUUUCUUAGAAAUAUUAAUAGGGUUACCUCAAUCAAAUCCAGGAAGUUCUAAAUUUACAUGCUUUGGAUCAAAAGUAGAGUUAAUCCAAUAAGAUUUUGAAAAUCCACAAUUAUAUAAUUAGAGAACAGUUGGUGAGAGCGUACUCAUCUCUUGUUCAGUUUAUUAGACUCAUUUUUGA